UUGUUCAGAACAUACUUGAAAGUUUCCAAAAAUUGACUCAAUUGUCAGCUUUCAAAUUUGAAGUGGAUUAAAAUUAAAUAAAAUCUGAAAUUCAGAUUUUUGGUCAUGCAAGUCCUGUUUCAAGUGCUCAUUCACCUGAUGUGCCUUGUAGCCACCUCACUGAACAGCUUUAGCAUGUUGGGGGCUCUCUAGCAGCUCCUUGUCCUUUCUGACUCCUCCGGAAAGCAGAGCCAGAGGAACUUUGCAUAGUUAGUCCUACCCCACUUCCUCAUUGUGCUGGAGGUCUAUGGGGAGAGUAAAGAGGUGAUCCAACACAGUCUCCCAUUUUUCUGAUGGUGAGACUGAGGCUCAGAAGGGUUAGAUUGUUUAGCUUCAGCCACCUAUGGUAGAGAGAGAGCCAGAACCCUCUCCUGCCGGUGCCCAGGCCAGCCCUCCUUCCACCUCUCCCCAGGACUCAUCUUUGUCCUUCCCACGGGGCCUCAGCUGGUGUGUCAUGUAAAUGCCAGCCAUGACUCAGGACAGAUGAGAAUGAGCUCUUCCCGUGCCCGGCGGGGCUCCUGAAUACUCUGCCCACCCGAGGUUGGUUGCCCUUGCAGGACAUAUGGGAUAUCUCAAGGCAGCCUCUGACUUCAGGAAACCAAAAGAAGAUUGACUUGUGCUGCCCUGUGGAAAGUUCCUCCAGAGGCACCUUUUCUGUGGCAGAGUUGUAUAUGUUCUAGGCAUAAGCUGGCUUCUCUCACCUGGAUUUGGAGCUGUAGCCGUUGGGGUGGGGGUGGGCGCAGUUUGCAGUUGCGAACCCGCAGCUGCCCAACCACAAUGGCGCCAGCAUGGUUUUCUGCCUUGUAGCUACCACUUAACUGGCCUGGGCCCCAGUAAGUUACCCUCACAUGGCAUUGCAGUUGGGGGACAAUGUGCUCCUUCAGGAUGAGCAGGGGUUUUCUUGUGGGGUGCUCUGCUUUGCACCCAGCAGCUCCAGCUUCCUAGCUGAUGCAGGGCCUGAGGCCAGCCCUGUACUCUGGAGAAUUGGAAUUAUUCUCUCAACUGGUUCAGCAGACACAGGAUUGUACUUGGGGCCAAUACACGCCUUCAUAAUUUAAGAGAAAUGGGGGGAAGAUUUUUUAAGUAUCUUUUUUCCCUCCUAGCUUAUAUGCUUUUUUACAUCAGACCUUAUGAUAGCUCGUCUUUUAGGAUGUAACUGUGACACCACAGUAGGUCAAGCAAACUGCGCAAGCCCGCUUUUCUUCUGACUUCUCUUACAUGGAGCAUAAAGCUGAAUUUGAAUUCUGUACUAGAACUCCAGCCCUCAUGAUUUGGCCAUGCUGCUUUCCAGAAGGGUUUCUGGAAGACUGGUUAUGCAAGUAACAUUUCCUGUUUACUCUCUCUUAAUAAUUAAUGGCUGAUGAUGAUGGAUUGUGACCACAAAAGUGUUCAAAUGUCAUUUAUUUGAACACAGAGUUGUAGUACUACACAUUUGUAGUCACAUGCCAGACGGUUGUAGCCGUCCCAUUUGCACAUAAAAAAUUCAGCCAAGGGUCUCCUCUGCUACAGAUUGUAACUACAUUUACAGCUAAAAAAUGAUGAUUGUUUUGAAAGUGAAGGGUCAAGAGUCUGAACUUAGGGAUUCAAUCAUGAGAAAGAAUAUCAUUUAUUGAGAUGCUUUUCACCAUGCCUGGAUGGUCUCAUCUACUCAUGGUUUCUGUUAGCCUUGUUGUGUUGAUGAGUCCCGAAUCUGUGCCCCCAGCUGAGACCAUGUCCUCGCACUCCAAAGCCCUGUAUAUCUUCAGCUGCCUGCUAGACAACACCAAGUACGUGACUUGCAGAUUCUCAAAUUCAGCAUGUCCAAAGUGCCCAGCCUGCGCCUUCUGCAGUAUGCCUCUUCCACUGAGUGGUCCCACCGUCCCCCCUCCAUUGGCUUCUGGUAGAGGGUCAUCCUCCACUUUGCCCUCCCCGUAACUUCUGGCUUAGAAGGUCCUAUAGGAUCUGGUUCCUGCUUAGCACCCCCAGCCUGCCGUCAUGACUAUCCAUCUGGAUCUUGAGUCAAACAGAAGGGGCCACAUUGUCACUCAUCUGUAGGCUUCCUCCAUUCUUGGUCUUCUCAACCACUCCAGACCAAAGUCAUUUCCUGCAGGAGUCCUUCCUGACCUCUACCUGCGCGGAUCUGAGGAACACUCCGUACUUUUUCCAUGGUGUUCAUCGCAUUGGGUUGUUCACACUUGCCGUGGGACAGCUGAAUUCACUGCUGCCUCCCCUGUGCUUAGCACUCUGCCUGAUGCAUAAUAGGUACUCAGUAAAUAUUUGUAGAAGAAUAGUUGACAUUGACUGAGAACUUUGUGCCAAGUACCUUGCUAAGUAGGUUUCCUGCAUUAUCCCAUUUCACAAGAGUAGGGUCAGGGAGACCAUCAGGGAGGUAGUGAUUGGCAAAGUCCAGAGGGACAGUAGAUCUGCUUCAACUAGUGACAAAUGGCAAGAAAUGGGCAGGUUGAAGGCCCACCCCUGUGCCUCUGGAGUCAGCAGGACCUGCUGAAAGUUCGGUUGAGAGGCUGGAUGGGAGCAGAAGGAGCCGCUGCUGGGUUGUUGGCCUGGUCGCUGCUGGCUGGUGCCGCCUCUUGCUGAGAAGGGAAGGAGGACAUGUAUGUACGUUUGUGUGGGGGAAGGGGGGUAUUAAAAGUGCUCUUGGUAUGUGUUAGGUUUGAUAUGGCCAUCAGGUAACCAGGCAGAAAUGGUUAUAUAGAUCUGGAAUUCUAUAAUGACAUCAGAUGAGGCUGGAGUUCCUCACUUAGAACUCACCAGGGGGCGCCGGGGGGCUGAGUUGGUUGAACGUUCUACUCUUAAUUUCAGCUUAGGUCAUGAUCUCAGGGUCAUGAGAUCGAGCCCUGCAUUGGGCUUAGCAUGGAACCUGCUUAAAGAUUCUCUCUCCUCCCUCUGCCCCUCCCUGCUCCCCUGCUCACAUGUGCUCUCCCUUAAAAAAGAAAGAAAGAAAAGAAAGAACUCACCAGAACUCUCUGAGGUGAACUAUAGCCAGCGGCAGUAGUAGAACUUCCAACUUGCGCGGAGUGUAAGCAGCAGAGCCAGCGUUUGAAGCAGGUGUGCUGACUGCAACACCUUGCUUCUCGCCACCACAUGGGGAAUGGUUUCGGGUCUUGUGGCUGUCCUCCUCAGUCCGCUUCAGUGUAGAUUUCUUGGUGCCAGCACAGGACUUGUUUUGAAGGUCAAAUGAUGCUGUCCUUACUGAUUUUUACAUAGAAUUAGGUAUGCUUACAGUCACAUAGAAGAACAGAACAGGAGAAAAUGAGCCAAGGAGAGCUGGUGGUCACCCAGUACCGUUGCAGGCUUCCUUCGGCAGCUCCUGGGCCACUGAGUGUCCUACGGCAAGACCAUUUAUGUCUGGUGUUUGCUCUUCUUCUUACAGAAAAGCAGUAUUUCAGCGGGAAGUACAUGAGUCAGAUUCAUUCCUUAUAAAAGCACAGAUGUGAAAAAGAACUACCUACUUCCCUUUCAUUUCACAUUUCUUUACAGGUUGCAUUUGAGUACUCAGUUCGUAACGGUUUAUAAAUAAGAGGUAUUGCAUUUCUUGUGCUUGACGCCUGUAGGAAGAGAAUAGCUGUAGCUACAGGCUAAGGCCUUGAGCUUUCGUCUAAAGGGGUGUGUGCAUGUAUGGGUACACACUCUUGAAACCACACACACAUGUUGUAUGAAUAUAUGCUGAGUUGAAAUAACCUUCUUGUCCUAUCUUAUUUUAGGGAUAACGACUCCUCUUGCUCUCGCCUAAGUUGAAUAAGCACCUCGUGCACUUUAAUCUCCUGUCGUGCCAUCAGGCUGACUGAAGACAGUGUUUUGAAAUCUCAGCUGUAAAGACAUCCCGCCAAAGUCUCAAUCUUGCCUUAACAAUGUUCCAGAGACUGAACAAAAUGCUUGUGGGCGAAGUCAGUACUUCUUCCAGCCAAGAACCAGAAUUUAGUGAGAAAGAAGAUGAUGAAUGGAUUCUUGUUGACUUCAUAGGCGCCUGCGCUGGCUUCUCAGCAGCCGAAGCCAAAGCUGAAGCCAUCAGUGAAGAGUCACGUACUGAGCACCCUUCCGUCUUUUCGUGUUUACCCGCAUCUCUUGAGUGCUUGGCUGAUACGAGUGAUUCCUGCUUGCUCCAGUUUGAAUCCUGUCCGAUGGAGGAGAGCUGGUUUAUCACCCCUCCCCCAUGUUUUACUGCAGGUGAAUUAACCACUCUCAAGGUGGAAACCAGUCCUAUGGAAAACCUUCUCAUUGAACAUCCCAGCAUGUCUGUCUACGCUGUGCAUAACUCCUGCCCUGUUGUCGGGGAGGCCAGCUGUGGCACUGAUGAAUGUGCUGACCCGAGCAGCCCCAGAGUGGAAACUCCAGAUGAAAUGGGGCAGCACAUUCACUGCUACGUUGCAGCUCUGGCUGCUCAUACAGCUUUUCUGGAACAACCCAAGAGCUUUCGUCCUUCCCAAUGGAUAAAAGAACAUAGUGAAAGACAGUCUUUGAACAGAAAUAGCCUUCGUCGCCAAAAUCUUACCAGGGAUUGCCACUCUAGGCAAGUCAAGCACAAUGGCUGGGCUGUCCAUCAGCCCUGCCCCCGUCAGUACAAUUACUAAGAAUUUCAAGAUUGGUUGGAUUCUCUUGGUUUGUGCAUAUGUGUGUGGACGUGUGUGGACAGACAAUGAAGAUGCUGUUUCUUUACAGCCAACUGAUGACCAAUCACAUAGUUUUACCGGUGUGUUUAGACACUAUCUUGAAAACCAGAUUUACAUGCUGUGUAUCACAUAAUGCCUUGCUUUUAACAUUUACUUUUUUGUAAAUUUUUUCAGAAUAUUUUUGGAAACAUAUCAAUACAGUUACAGUGUUUGGUGUUUGGGGAUGUCUUUAAAUCUAUUAAGGUGUACAUGAGUUAGCAUUCUAAAGACAUUUCUUCCCAAGUAUGAGAAUAGGCAUCUUUCAAUUUCAUUUUAUUUUGUAUUACUUAAUCAAUAUUUUGAGUAAGCAAAAAUUUAUUCUCAGGGUCAGCCAUACACUUUAUUGACCAGUACUUGAUAAUCUUUUCUGUAUAUAAUGAAUGCAUUUUUACACACUAACAUGAGCAUUAACAGGUGAUAGUUGCCAUGGAUAUAAUGGAAUUAUGGCUGAACUUUCUCUUGAAAGAAAACUUGAUACAUUUCUGUGUGUAUAGGUUCGUUUUUUUGUUUGUUUGGGUUUUUUUUUUUUCCGGAUUAGCCAUGCAGUUCAUUUUGGAAUUCAGGUACAUUAAGUGUUAGUGAACAGUGCAUUCAGUAAUUCCGACGUGACUGUGUGACGUGGUACAGAGACAUUGCAAGUAUCGUGGGACAGAAGCACUCGUCUCACAUGCAGAGGGAUUCAAUUAGACCUGUGAAAUUAUAUUUGGAAAAACUUAUGUCUACAACUAACCCAUUAAUCCACUAUUUAACUUGUUGGGAGUCUUUCCUGUCAGCUCUGCCCACUUGCCACCUCCCGUCAGCUGUCGACUCAGAAAUACAUGUCCAGGCACUUUAGGGACUUCUUAUUUAUGACUGUCCAAGGGAAAGGAAGUAGGCUUUGUAUUUCUGAUGCAGUGAUCCAUCCUCUGCCAUGGAGACUGUCCUGCCAAGUGGCAAGCAAGGCUGAGGAGGGAUUCCUGGUGACAUCUUUUCCUAGCAUCUAAAUGAAAAGUGACAGGUGGGCUCCCUUGAGUUUCCAUUUUUUUGUUUUUUUAACUGGGGCUUCAGGCGAAAUCUUUAACCACUUUGGCCUCUGUUUCCUCCAGCAACGGGCGGGGGGGGGGCGGGGUAGUAAUAUUGACUUCCCUCACAGUUGUUGUGAGGGCUGUGGGCUGUCCAGAACUGAACCUUGUGUGAAAUUCUAAGGGCCUCUCUACUGAAUCUAAGAUGGGGUGGGGCCUGUGGCAGUGUUUCUGCCACAACUGUUGUUCCGAGUGUUGGUGCUAAUGAGGCCAGGGUUCAGGGCUCGAUUCACACAGGAGGCCAGUUAACACAGAGAAAAUCUAUUUCGUACGAAAAUGAACCCACUUCAUUUUUUAGCAGUUGUGAUGGGUUUUGCUGAGCCAUCCACAUUCACCAGUUUCCUCUCAAACUAAAUUAAACAGAUACAACCCAAAGCACAUUCUACUGACAGAACAGUUGCAUCACCUUUGUAAUCAAAUAGCUUAUUUUUCCAUCUCCUCUGCAACCCUAAUUAAAUAAAUACAUGUCUGUCUAAGGUUUUCAAGGGAAAAAGCAUAUCGUUAUGUGAAGUAUUAUAUUUUUCAAUAACCCUGUAACAGCUCGGUGCAGGGAACUAUGGGAGACUUUUUUUUUUUUUUUUUUAAGGGAAGAGCUGUGCUCUUUCCUGCCUAGACUGGGAUGUUUGGAGCCCCAAGAGGUCAGAUAGCAUCAUUCAAUGGUGGUAGGAGGUGGUUCUUCCGCUGGCCGAUGAAGUGCCAGCAAUGUCCCUUUAGAACAAUAGUCUGCAUCCCCCUUCUCCCCUUAUUCCCUUUCCAUUUCGACUACCCCUUUAUUUAUUUGUUUUCUAAUGAGGGGCCAAGUCUGUAAAGUUUUGUCAAACUGAGCUAGAAGUUAUUUUGUUACUCUUUGUGUUUACGAGAGUUGAGAGGUUAAGGUAGAGUUUUCAUGAAGGUGUGUGUGUUUUACACCGUAUCUGUUAUAGGGCCAUAUGUUGGUAACUUGAAAAUAGAACAGCUAAAUGCUUUCUGGAUGUAAGCCUCUGAAUACAUGGGGGGCUCUUUUUUCAUAUACUACAUGCAAGUUGUUAGUACCUCACAAGCUACAGCAGUUCAGCCAUGAGAAUUUGUUUGGCACCAUGAACAGAUUUGUAUAUAAAAGAGCAAUGGUCUUUUCUUUGUUUUUACUAUUAUUUUUUCAAAUUUCUUGAUACCGAAAUACAUUUACAUCUCUAUCCGUUAUUGACUUUUUGUUUGCCUUAUCUAGACCUAGUUUUUUAUGGCUUAUACCUGGAAAGCAAACACUUUCAGUCUUGGGGAUGUUUUCUUAGGCUAACCAUGCCAUCUGUCAUAUCAGACUGUGGUUUCUGAUCAAUAUCUAAGGUUUCUGCCUGAAAUUGGCACAUGUUAGAACUGAAGAAAGUAGUUAAUAAUUCGCUUGACGUUCUUGAUCGUUAGAUGUUUGUUACGCAUCUACUGUGUGCGAGACACAAGACCAAUAAUAACAGAACGAUGUUGACCUGUUAAGUGUUCUUGGAAACAUGGCCAAAAUGCAAUUUAUUAUAAGUUAAUUAUUAUCUCUGCUGUUGUAAAUGUUAGUGGUUUACAAUGUGCUUUCGUGCAUAUUUCUUAAAACUUCAAGCAGUGAGAAGUAAAACCCCUCUCUGAAUUUAGUGCUCUGACAGUUUCUAGACUGAUAAUACAGAAUGUUACUUGGAAAAAGUCUAGAAUAUGUGGUGCACACAAGAGUGCUUCAUGAAUGAGCUUCUUAGUUUUUAAAAUGCACCAUGUUCCUCAAAGUUUGUGUUUUUGUUAAUAAAACAUUUUAUAAUGUAUUUUCUAUGUUUAUUACUUUUUCUUUCUCAGCUAACUAUGUAUUGCUCUGUAAGUUGAACAUGAACCAUUCAUUAUUUAUCUUCUGAGGCAAUGCAUUUAUGUGGCUGGGUGGGGAAUUCUUUGCAGAAGGUGCACAGUGAUUGGAUUUUUUACUUUCUCCUCCAGCGAGCUUUUUCUACGUUAAUUUCCUGUACAUUUUUCCAGUUCCCAUGCAGGCUUUUCCUGUUGACGUACCUUCUCUGUUGUAUCAGUACUUUGAUUCUAGUGAGAAGACAGUUUACUUAAAACUUGAGAGGGCUGUUCAGCAUCACCCGUUACUUCUCAAAUCUGUGUAGUCCACUGGUUUGUCAUCUUUACAUCUUCAUUGAAUCUGAGUGUCUUUGCUAUUUCUCUUCCUCCUCAAGGAAAGAUACUGUCUUUCUACACUUUUAGGAAAAAGCAAAAAAAGAGUAUCUUUCUUAUCCUCAUUUUCUUUGAAUUGGAAACAAAAGAAAGCAAAAAAAAAAAAAAAAAAGGAUUCCAACUGGAAGAUAGACAUUUAAGUUUAAAUAGAUUAGUGGAAAAAGUUUAAGAGUUUCCAGGUAUUUUUGUUUUUAGAAUCAGUAAAAAGACUGCUCCUUGUACUGGAGAUACUAGCAUAUGUUUGUAAUGUUACCUUAAAAUUAAUCUUUUAUUUUAUAAGGCCCAUUCAUACCGGUUAAAUUCUUUUAAAAGUCGGGCUACUCUCCUGGAUGGUUUCGCUGCCAUCAGCCAUGUCGAUGCAUUAUAAAUGGCAUCCUUAGCUACUUAUUUUAACGCUUAAAAUUUUCUAUGAAAUGCUUUAUUUAGAAAACCUACCUAAUACAGUGGUGUCAGCCUUGCCAUGUACCGAUUUCACUUGAAAUAUGACACCAGUUACAGUGGUUUAGGGCGGAGAAAGCGGUACUAGGAAGCACACAGAUAAGGACAUCUUUUUCUAUUUGCAACAGUAUCCUUUAUGCGGGAGGAGACGUUACUAUUCAAAGGAAGGCAGCUUAAGUGGAUGUGUUGUAUAUCAUUUAGAAUUUUCCUUACAACAUUUUUUUUAAUUGUUUAAUUGUUAAAUGCCCCCAUUUAGCUCCGUCUUUGCCUGAAGUUUUCAUAUUUGUUUUCUAGGUGGACUUCUAAAAACCAAAUCAGGACUUGGGGAGUUCGGUGUGUGUGUAGCCAAGCUUGAUGUGUAUGAGUGGUUUUGCUUGCCUUUUGGUGGUUUUCCUCCAGAGGUUUGGAACUAUAAUCAAUAAUUGUGUGUGUGUGUGUGUGUGUGUGUGUGUGUGUGUGUGUGUGUGUGUGUUUUAAGUGACUUGGGGGUUUUUCUCAAGUAUAAUUGUGAACACAUUUGCUUUUCAAGGGCAGGGCAUCCGUUGUACAGACUGAAGAGUAUUGUAGAUUGUACUAUGUGCCUUCUUGAUGUAUUUCUGGACACAAAUUUUUUUCAACUUGAAAACUCAAAAGGGACAUUAGGUUCGAUUACAUACUGUACAUCAUCUAUGCAUAAAUGGCAGCUUGUUUUCUUGAGCCACUGUCUAAAUUUUUUUCUGUUUUUAUAGAGUUUUUUAUACUGAUUGGUUCAUAGAUGGUCAGUUUUAUACACAGACUAAACAAUACAGCACUUUGCCAAAAAUAAGUGUAGCAUUGCUUAAACAUUGUGUAUUAACACCAGUUCUUUGUAUUUGGGCUCAGUGGUGCAUUUUGUGCUACUUGCGUUGUGGUUUUUAAUGUCAAUAAAAAAAAUGUCCUUUAACUUCA